AUGGGGCGAUCCGGAGGCAGAGAUGACUUUGAGUGGGUCUACACAGAUCAACCCCACACUGAGAGGAGGAAGGAGAUCUUAGCCAAAUAUCCUGAGAUCAAGAAGCUGAUGGGCCCUGAUCCCCGCAUGAAGUGGGUGGUGAGCCUCAUGGUGCUCACGCAGCUGGUGGCCUGCUACCUGGUGAAGGACCUGUCCUGGAAGUGGCUUUUCUUCUGGGCCUACGCCUUCGGGGGCUGCGUCAACCACUCCAUGACGCUGGCCAUCCACGACAUCGCCCACAACGUGGCCUUCGGCAACAAGAUGGCCAAGUGGAACCGCUACUUCGGGAUGUUCGCUAACCUGCCCAUCGGCUUUCCGUACGCCACCUCCUUCAAGAAGUACCACAUCGACCACCACCGCUACCUGGCCGGGGACAAGCUGGACCCCGACUUGCCCACCGAGCUCGAGGGCCGCUUCUUCAACAGCCCUCUGCGGAAAGUCGUCUGGCUUGUCCUGCAGCCCCUCUUCUACAUCACGCGGCCUCUGCUCGCCAACCCCAAGCCGGUCUCCCAGAUGGAGCUCGUGAACGUGGCCGUCCAGCUGGCCUACAACUUCCUCAUCUACAGCCUCUGGGGAGCCAAGCCGCUCGUCUACAUGAUCGGCGGGACCGUCUUGGCCACGGGCCUCCACCCCAUCUCCGGGCACUUCCUCGCGGAGCACUACAUGUACGCCAGAGGCCACGACACCGUCUCCUACUACGGGCCCCUGAACUGGAUCACCUUCAACGUGGGCUACCACAUGGAGCACCACGACUUCCCCAGCAUCCCGGGGAGCAAGCUGCCACUGGUGAAGACGAUCGCCUCGGAAUAUUACGACAACCUUCCCUACCACAGCUCCUGGUUCCUUGUCCUCUGGGACUUCGUUUUCAAGGAGGAGCUGGGGCCCUUCGCCCGCGUGAAGCGGACCUACAAGGCGAACCCCCCCGGCGGGGCAGUCAUGCGUUGA